AAGCGGUGGCGCUGCGAACGGAGCUGUUCUCAGGCUCCUGCAGACUCAAGCUGGCUAAGAAGUGGACCAAGCACCUCUUUCCCUCGGUUCGCAGAGACAGAAAAAGAUCUGCCUUCCUUAACUUGGUGGCCUCCAGAUGUGUUGAAAUGCAACUCAUUGUGCUGGCUGAGAACAAUAGAAGUUGCAGACAACUGGUGGGCAUCAAAUCAGCCUGGUUGAUGGGUCAGGGAGUUGGAAGGCCACUGGAAAGCAAAAGUCAGAAACUGGAUGAAUUUCAGAGCAUGAAUGCUGAGGCGCAUCAGACAGAUGAAGAAGAAAGCACAGAGAAUGCUUUGGAAAAUCUCAACCAGCAGCUCAAAGCAAUCUUUGGGAAGGCAGAUUUAAGAAAUGAAGCGGUUGGCUUGUACAAUAUUGGUUUGAGCUGCUGCCUUAACUCCUUGCUUCAAGUUUUCUUCAUGAACAGACACUUCACUAUGAUACUCCGGAGAAUUCAAGUGCCAUUUGAUCCUGAGGAGAAGAAAUUGAGCGUCCCUUACCAAAUGCUGCUGCUUUUGGAACAGAUGCAACGGGGCAAGCAAAAAUCUGUGCACCCCCUGGAUCUUGUCAAGUGUCUGGUGAAGCACAAUAUGAAAUUAUUUGUUCUGCAUGAUGCUUCACAACUCUUCCUGCAGCUCUGGAACCUAAUUAAGGACCAAAUUGCCAAUGAAGAGCUGGUUGAAAGACUGACUCGUCUGUAUACCAUCCAGCUGCAGGAAUACCUGGUGUGUCAAAAGUGCUCGCUUAAAACAAGGAAAGACAGCCACAUGGUGAUGCUUCCCCUUCCCAUGUUUGAUGUUAAUUUUCAUCGAGUCAGGACUUUGGAAGAUUCAUUGCGCUGUUUCUUUGCACCAGAAGAGCUGACAGAGGAAAAUACUUUUCACUGUGACCAGUGCCACAAGAAAACCUCAUGUGUGCGGAGCACGAAACUAACAUCUUUGCCCCAGACUCUGAUUUUGCACCUAAUGCGCUUCUGCACCAAGGAGGGCAACAGGACGUGGAAGAUCAGCCAUUCCUUAGUCUUCCCACAGAGCCUCGAUUUCAGCCAGAUCCUGACAACAGAGCAGUAUCACCCAGAUGCCCAGAAUCAGGACGAUGGGUUGUACGAUCUCUUUGCGGUUGUGGCCCACUCAGGAUCAGCUGACAUUGGUCAUUACUGCGCAUACAUCUGGAGCCUUAUAAAACACAAAUGGUAUUGCUUCAAUGACUCCAGUGUCUGUCCGGUAUCUUGGGAUGAUGUCAAAUGUACCUAUGGAAAAGCACAUCUCCACUGGGGAGAAACAGCCUAUCUCCUGGUUUACUUGAAAAGGAACUGCAACGAGCUCUACUUUGAUCCUUGAUAUUUCCAGGCAACUAGAGAGAUGCUCCAGUUGGUAGUUCCAGAGUUGUCACAGACCCUAGCAAGAUCUUUGACUUUUUAUCCAUAUCAGUGCAGAAGAAUGUAAGGGACAGUGUGAAAGACAGGAAGGAGGAUCAGGAAUAAUACUGCCUCCUGGAAGAUUUGCUGAAAAGCAAGGAAGCAUAUUUCUUUGCAAACACUUCUGGAAAGCCGAGUAGCCUUAUCUCCAGGAAGAACUUGUGUCUGGCUGCUAUAGAAGGCAUGACUAUUAUUUUUGCAUAAGGAGAAUGUUGUAGUAGCUUGUGUCUGUGGAAGAUGGAACUGCAUUUCAAACUGAUUUCUUUGAACCAGUCCAAUUACCUUCUUGAAUUCUUUUUAAGGCAUGUGACUUUGGAAGCAUUCUAACAAUCAAAACCCUCCCUAAACCACUUUCCCAAGAGACAAGGGAAUUGUAGCUUGCUGAGGAUGCUAAGAAUUAUUUUAAGAGAUCCCCAUUCCUUCUCCUCCUACUUUAACAAAACUGGUCCCCAGGAUAUCCUGGACAGAAGCAUGGACAAUUUAAACAAGCUGUUCUGUAGCAGAGAACUGCUGUUGAAUUUGCUGACACAGACCCACAGAUACAGAUAUUGUUGACACAUGAUUUGAGAGGGACCCCUGUCUUUUGUAAAGCGGCCUACUUUUCAAGAAGUGGGAAGCAGGCAAAGCAAGAGCCAUGGGGCACCCAGCUCUAGUGCAGUAAUAGUUGACCGAUCCAAGAAAUACAGUGGCUGCCACCUACUAUGAAAACCAGCCCCACUCUUCGGUCUCCUGGGGACAUGUAUCAGCCCUGGGGCCUUUACUUACGGUGAGCCCAAUGUUCUUACUGCCAUCUCUGCAUUGUUAGUAGGUUUUUAAAUCACUUUAAAAAUCUUUUAAAAAAUUACCAGACAGCCUGCAGUAGGCAUCUGUGGUCCCCAUCCUGCAUUGUGAGGUAACUGACAUUGCCCUGGCUCACAUUCUGUAGUGCAGUUUACUCAUAAGCAGCCCUACAGACUUGUACUAUGACAUUGUCACAAACUGCCUAGUCUGAAACAUUCUGAAAUUCCAGCCUCUCACCUUUUAUGUCUUUUUCCCUUAUAAACCAAAGUGUGCCCAAGGCUCAAAAAGGCACAGUUACUUUAUAUUUAAAAUGUUAUUGGUUUUUACUGUGUUUUUAUUGUGUUUUUUUCUUGUAAUUGUGAGCUGCCCAGAGGUGCCGUGGCACAAUUGGGUGCCAUACAAAUGUUUUAAAUAAAUAAAUAAAUAAAUAAAUAAAUAAAUAAAUAAAUAAAUGUGCCACAGAAUCUCCAUAGGGGUAUUAUUAUAUCCCCCCAAAAAGGCCGCAAACAAAGAAACAAAAGAAAGUUCAGCAAGAUCACUUGGGUCUCUUUUUAAAGCUAAAAUCUUCAGGAAUCUGAGUCAAAAUCUGUUUUGAAACUUUGCUAUGAUAUUUUUCAAGUUGGUGGAACAACCUAUUGGUAUGAAAAGAAAAAGUUAAUUCACUAAGCAUUGUUAAAUAGAUUUUCUUGUUUUGCCUAGCUUCCAGAAGGAUUAAACCUGUGUUCCCUGAGAAGCAGAAGUUAGUCUUAUUUGACUGAUACCUUCUGGGAGACAAUUUCAGCCUGAACAAAGGCUUUUCAUUUGCAGAAUUUUUCUUGUCUGAGGAACUUUUCAUCAGGGAACAAAAAUAACCCCAAAUGCAAUUAAGAACUAGAGACAAGGACAUUAUAUACUCUAAAUGGAUGUAAACAUGAGUAAUGCAACAUUAAGGACCAUGAAGUCCAUCCUGUUUUGUAUUUAAGUAUCUGGUCAGAUAGGGAUGCAGGUGGCACAGUGGUUUAAACUGCUGUGCUGUUGGGCUGGGUGAUCGAAAGGUUGCCGGUUCGAAUUUGCACAAGGGAGUGAGUUCCCGUGCUCCGUCCCAGUUC